AUGUUGGACGACGCGUACGCGCGCUCGAUCGCGAAGGAGUUGAAGCACAUGACGACGCACCAGAUUGAAGAACGGAAGAAGGCGAGUCGUGAAAUUCGUGAAAUGAAGAAACUCGGCGAUGAAUACGCGAAAAACGACGCGCGAGCGCUUCGCGCGAGACAAAAGGCGCAGUGCUUGACGCUGAUCUCGCGCCUGGACGAAGCCGUCGCCGAUGAUGAGUCUCGUUGGGUAGGAAGCGCAAGCCUUCGCGUGUGUUCACCAGAAGCUUUAUUUCCGGAGCCAUUUCCGACGACAAAACCACGUGUUCCGUACGUCAGUAACGUCGCCGUCAAAGCCGACGCGCGCGGACGAGGCGUCGCGAGCUCGAUGUUGGUGAAGUGCGAACGUGCGUCGCGGCUUUGGGGAUACACCCAUCUUUGGCUUCAUGUUGAUGUCGAUAAUCAGCGCGCACGCGAGAUGUAUGAGCGCCGGGGAUACGUCGCCUGUGGCGAAGAUCCGUGGUGGUACGGACUCGGCGGGGUACUCGGAGCAAGACGCGUUUUGCUUAAAAAGUUGAUCGGAGAGAAACUAUGA